AUUUAGGCCUGAAAAGAAGCUGACGGUGCGUUGAUUGGCGUGUACACCAAAUCUUCUAUUUCGCUGUUGGCAAUAGCUAUCGGACUGAAGUGGCACGAGGUGACCGGGUCCGGCGAGAUGGCGUCGACGGCUGCGGCGUUUCAGAGCCUGGCCGAGUUGGCUCACCGGGAAUACCAGGCAGGAGACUACGAGAACGCAGAACGCCAUUGUAUGCAGCUGUGGCGGCAGGAUCCCACAAACACUGGCGUGCUCCUGCUUCUGAGUUCCAUACACUUCCAGUGCCGCCGACUGGACAAGUCGGCCAACUUCUCAACACUGGCAAUUAAGCAGAAUCCUUUGCUGGCUGAGGCUUAUUCAAACCUUGGCAACGUCUACAAGGAACGAGGCCAGCUGUCUGAUGCACUGGAAAACUACCGGCAUGCUGUGCGCCUGAAGCCAGACUUCAUCGACGGCUACAUCAACCUGGCAGCAGCUCUGGUUGCGGCUGGUGACAUGGAGCAGGCGGUGCAGGCCUAUGUGUCUGCACUUCAGUAUAACCCAUUUCAGGAUUUGUACUGCGUUCGCAGUGAUCUGGGGAACUUGCUGAAAGCUUUAGGUAGACUAGAUGAAGCCAAGGCCUGCUACCUAAAGGCCAUCGAGACUUGUCCAACAUUUGCCGUGGCUUGGAGCAAUCUAGGCUGCGCGUUCAAUGCCCAAGGAGAGAUAUGGCUGGCCAUUCAUCAUUUUGAAAAGGCAGUGGCCUUGAACCCCAGUUUCCUGGACGCUUACAUCAAUCUGGGCAAUGUGCUGAAGGAGGCUCGCAUUUUUGAUCGAGCUGUGGUAGCCUACCUGCGGGCACUCAACCUCAGUCCCAACAAUGCUAUGGUGCACGGAAACCUGGCUUGCGUUUACUAUGAGCAAGGGCUCAUUGACCUGGCUGUGGACACAUACAGGCGUGCUAUCGACCUGCAGCCAAACUUUCCUGAUGCGUACUGCAAUCUGGCAAACGCCCUUAAGGAAAAUAACCAGGUGACAGAGGCAGAAAACUGCUACCAGACAGCGCUUCGUCUGUGCCCCACCCAUGCAGACUCGCUCAACAAUCUUGCAAACAUAAAGAGAGAACAAGGAUUUAUAGAGGAAGCCACUCGUCUUUACCACAAGGCACUUGAGGUGUUCCCGGAGUUUGCAGCGGCACAUUCCAACCUGGCAAGUGUGCUGCAGCAGCAAGGAAAGGUGACAGAGGCUCUGCAACAUUACCGUGAGGCUAUUCGCAUCUCACCAACAUUUGCCGAUGCUUAUUUGAACAUGGGAAAUACCCUCAAGGAAAUGGGCGAUGUUCAGGGUGCUCUUCAAUGUUACUCACGUGCCAUCCAGAUCAACCCAGCCUUUGCUGAUGCCCACUCUAAUCUGGGGUCCAUUCACAAGGAUUCGGGCAACAUCACAGAGGCGAUUUCUUUCUACCGCACAGCGCUGAAAUUGAAGCCAGAGUUUCCAGAUGCCUAUUGUAAUUUGACUCACUGCCUGCAGAUAAUGUGCGAUUGGACAGAUUAUGAAGGCCGCAUGAAGAAGCUGGUUGCAAUUGUGGCGAAACAGCUUGCGAAGAACCGGCUCCCUUCUGUGCACCCACACCAUUCCAUGCUGUACCCACUGUCGCAUGAGUUCCGCAAAGCCAUCGCCGCUCGCCAUGCCAACCUGUGCCUUGAGAAGAUCCUGGUGCUGCACAAGGCUCCAUACCAACACCCGCGGCAGCGGCAGGGAAGGCUCCGCAUCGGCUAUGUCAGUUCGGACUUUGGCAACCACCCCACAUCACACCUCAUGCAGAGCGUCCCUGGCUUUCAUGACAAGUCCCGCGUUGAAAUCUUCUGUUAUGCCCUCAAUCCGGAUGAUGGCACCAGCUUUCGCUCCAAAAUUGCCACAGAGUCUGAGCACUUCAUAGACCUGUCGCAAAUACCCUGCAAUGGGAAGGCAGCUGACCGCAUCCAUGCCGAUGGCAUCCAUAUCCUGGUCAACAUGAAUGGCUACACCAAGGGUGCACGCAACGAAAUCUUUGCGCUCCGACCGGCUCCCGUGCAGGUGAUGUGGCUGGGCUACCCUGGCACCAGCGGAGCACCCUUCAUGGACUACUUGGUCACGGAUCGUGUCACCUCACCGCCGCACCUAACUAGUCAGUAUUCUGAGAAGCUGGCUUACAUGCCACACACUUUCUUUGUUGGCGACCACCGCCACAUGUUUCCCCAUCUUAUGGAGCGAGCCAUCAUUGACUCUCGUAAGGGCAAUGGCGAGGUGCCGGACAAUGUGUCCAUUGUGAAUGCCACAGACUUGUCUCCUAUUAUGGACAAGACAGAGGUGAAGAAGAUUCGUGAAGUUGCUGCAGCAGAGCAAGGUGAGCGUGUGGAAGUGGUGAAGACUGUCAUCGAACUGCCGACCACAGUCCAGGCUAUGAUCAGUUCUGGUCAGGUGCAGGCUCAGGUGAAUGGCGUGAUGGUGCACAAUGGCUUGGCAAGCACCCAAGUUAACACUCGAGCGGCUACUGGCGAGGAGGCACCUCGGGCGAUCCUGGUCACAUGCCGGCAGCAGUAUGGUCUGCCUGAAGAUGCGGUUGUCUAUUGCAACUUCAACCAGCUGUACAAGCUGGACCCCGCCACGCUGCGCAUGUGGGUGAACAUUUUGCAGCGCGUACCGAACAGCGUCCUCUGGCUGCUGCGUUUUCCCGCUGUGGGCGAGGCACACGUGCAAGCCUGGGCGCGAGCUGAAGGGCUCACGCAGCCGGGCCGCAUCAUCUUCUCCAACGUGGCUGCCAAGGAAGAGCAUGUGCGUCGAGGGCAACUGGCAGAUGUGUGCCUCGACACGCUGCUCUGCAAUGGCCACACGACGGGAAUGGAUGUGCUCUGGGCUGGCACUCCUGUUGUCACUUGGCCGGGGGAGACCCUAGCAUCGCGUGUGGCUGCCUCUCAGCUCCAUUGCCUGGGUGUGCCUGAGCUGGUGGCACGGUCUCGCCGCGAGUACCAGGACAUCGCUGUGCGGCUAGGAACAGAUCGUGACUACCUCAAAGCCAUUCGUGCGAAGGUGUGGGCAGCCCGUAUGGAGAGUCCCCUGUUCAAUGUGCGCACCUACACAUCAAAUUUGGAGAAUCUGUUCCUCAAGAUGUGGGCCAACUAUGAAGAAAACAGGCCUCUAGAUCACAUCAUGGAUUGAAAUCAAGCAUCAUUGACACCGCAA